GCUGCAUGUGCCGGCGGCACGGCGCCCGUCGAUGCCAAGCGCCCGUGAGACAGCCUCGGCCCGGGCGCGACAGCUGCUCGACAUGGCCGCCAAGCAGCGAAAGCUCCUGGGACGCGUCCUCUGGAUCACCGUCGUCCUGCUCUGCGUCCUCGGCUGUCUUUCGCAGGUGUUCAUCUUCCUGGAGAUCUUCUGGAAGUUUCCCACAAUAAUUGAAGUCGAGACUGAGCGCACGGAUGACCUCGACUUCCCCGGCGUCACAAUCUGCAACAACAACAGAGUACGGCUGUCCCAGCUGUGUCGACUGCGAGGGGAGACCAACUGCGUCCAGUCCAAGGACAAGGGCACCAUUGAAAACCUGGCGAGUAUCGACCGUCGGAAAUGCCUUACACUUGCAAGCAUGCAUAACGAUUGACCAG